CAAGGAGACACCUGUAACAUUGCCCUUGGCUCUGCUGUUCACAGCAAGUCUUCUCUGGGCCACAUGACAAGGCCAUGCAGUCUCUCCUGCAGCUAGGUUUCCAUUUGCUACCAGUCUUCCUUUUACAUGCAUCUACAUGAUGCAGACCAUGCUCUCUAGGAUAACAGCUUGCCCAUUCUCUGCUGUGCCACUCCUCACCAACAAUCACAAUUAAUCAAACAUUUUUCCAGGUGGUGAGCUCGGUCACCUUCCAGAUCACCUUGCAAGCACGGAUCUGCAGGACAUGUUGGCAGUGGGGUCUAGAGGAGGAGAUGAACAGUUUGGGGUCAGCUGUGGAAGUCAAUACAGUUCCUCAGAAGCUCAGCAAGGUGGCUGUCAGGAGGAAGAAGAGGCUAAGCUGCCCUGCUCUGAUAUCAGCCUGGUGAAAAGACGGGAGAGAAGGAUGGCAGCAGCCUCACGGCAAGCUCCUCGUUUGGAGCGGCCCACCAUCUGCUCCGAGUGCGGCAAGGGCUUCAGUCGGAGCAUCCAUCUCAUCCAGCACCAGCGAGUGCACACUGGAGAGCGCCCGUUCCUGUGCGGGGAGUGCGGCAAGGGCUUCAGCCAGAGUUCCCAUCUCAUCCAGCACCAGCGGGUCCACACAGGCCAGAAACCCUACACCUGUGCUGAGUGUGGGAAGAGCUUCAGCCAGAGCUCCAAUCUCCUCAAGCACCAGCGUAUUCACACUGGGCUCAAACCUUACGUGUGCAGCGAGUGCGGGAAGAUCUUCAGUGACAGCUCCACGUGCAUCAAACACCAGCGUAUGCACACCGGCGAGCGGCCCUACAAGUGCCUGGCCUGUGGGAAAAGCUUCAGCCAACACUCCCACCUCAUUCAGCACCAGCGAGCCCAUGCCGGUGUCCGGCCUUAUGCCUGUGGUCAGUGUGGCAAAUGUUUUGGGCAGAGCUCUGACCUCAUUAACCACACUCGCACCCACACAGGGGAGAAGCCUUACAAAUGCAACCAGUGUGGCCGUGGCUUCAGCGGCAAUUCCAACCUCAUCAAGCAUGCCCGCAUCCACACUGGGGAGCAGCCCUACCACUGCACCCAGUGUGGGGAAAGCUUUCGGUUCCAGCCCCAGCUGGUACGCCACCAGAAGCACCACACGCAGUAGCUGGUGGA